UUUCACAAAGUAUUUGUUUUGAGUGUUUUGACGUUUUGAAGUUUUUUAUGAGUCACACCCUGUUUACCUAGAAUCCGAAUCUGAUAGUGAGUAAUAUUUUAAUGAUAUGGUGAAAUCAUUACCUGGGUGUAGGUGUGAUUGAGUCUUUUUCGAGAUAAGCUAACUGAGAAAACAUGACCCUUACGAUUGGAGACCAUCUUGGUCUCAAAUGGGAUCCUAAAAACUUAGAGAUAAGAACGAUGUCCGUGGAGAAGACCUUAGAACCAUUGGUGUUGCAAGUGACAACAUUGGUCAAUACCAAAGGACCUUCCAAGAAGAAAAAGGGUAAAUCCAAACGUGCCAAUGCGCUUGUGAGCACCGUGGAGAAAGCUACAGAGAAUUUUAUCGAAAAAGGGGAGCAGAUUGCUUAUGAGAAUCCUGACAUAACCCACGAAAUGCUGGCAGCGGUGGAGGAAGUACGGAAAACAGGAAGUACCAUGAGCAUAGCAGCUAGGGAAUUUUCCGAAGAUCCCUGUUCUUCGUUGAAGAGGGGAAACAUGGUUAGAGCCGCCAGGAAUCUUUUGUCCGCCGUUACUCGAUUACUCAUAUUAGCCGACAUGGUCGAUGUUCACCUCCUCCUGAAAAGUUUACAGGUGGUCGAGAACGAUUUGGAAAACCUGAAAAACUCCUCGAAUCAAGACGAACUCAUAGACAACAUCAACGCCCUGCGUCGCAACGCCAACGAACUGCUGAACCAGUCGGCCAAGCGUCAGCAGGAACUGAAAGAUCCCCAACUGAGGGAUGACCUGGCGGCCGCCAGGGCAGUGCUCAAGAAACAUUCCACCAUGUUGUUGACAGCUUCAAAAGUGUACGUACGCCAUCCCGAAUUGGCCGCUGCCAAGGCCAACAGGGAUUAUGUAUUGAAGCAAGUUUGCGAGGCUGUCAAUACGAUAAACGAUGUGGCUCAGGGGAGGCCCACGAUGUCUACUUCAUGUCCGUAUGAUGGUCCAGGGGAACUGGCGGCUGCUCUUGACGAAUUUGACGAUCAUAUGGCGAUGGAACCGUUGGCUUAUAACGAGAUUCAUACGAGACCCUCUCUGGAGGAACGUUUGGAGAGUAUUAUCAGCGGUGCUGCAUUGAUGGCAGAUUCCAGUUGUACCAGAGACGAAAGGAGAGAGCGUAUCGUUGCGGAGUGUAAUGCUGUGAGACAGGCCCUUCAAGACUUGUUGUCUGAGUACAUGUCGAAUAUGGGAAAUAAAGAUAAAAGCGACAAAUUAUCCGGUGCAAUCGAGAAUAUGGGCAAGAAAACCAGGGAUUUGCGAAGGCAGCUCCGCAAAGCUGUUGUGGACCACGUCUCAGACAGCUUCCUAGAGACGAACGUACCCCUUUUGCUCCUCAUCAAGGCUGCGCAGAGCGGUAACGAGAAAGAAGUGGAGGAAUACGCUGUGGUCUUCAACGAGCACUCCAACAAGCUGGUCGAAGUGGCCAAUCUAGUUUGCAGCAUGUCCAACAACGAGGACGGCGUGAAGAUGGUGAGAUACGCCGCCGCCCAGAUAGAAAACUUGUGCCCGGAGGUGAUCAACGCCGCCAGGGUGUUGGCGGCCAGGCCCAGGAGCAAGGUGGCCCAGGAGAACAUGGACGCCUUCAAGCAGAUAUGGGAGAAUCAGGUGCGUAUCCUGACGGAGGCCGUGGACGACAUAACGACCAUCGACGACUUCUUGGCCGUCUCCGAGAACCACAUCUUGGAAGACGUCAACAAGUGCGUGCUGGCGCUUCAAGAAGGGGAUCCGGACACUUUGGACAGAACAGCGGCUGGAAUUCAGGGUAGGUCGAACAGGGUGUGCACCGUCGUAACCGCGGAAAUGGAUAAUUACGAACCCUGCCUGUACACCAAGCGAGUCUUGGAGGCUGUUAAAGUUUUAAACGAGCAAGUGAUGCCUAAGUUCACCCAGAGGGUUCAGGUGGCGGUGCAGGCCCUGUCGAGCAACCCUACCAAAGAGGUGGACGAAAACGAUUUCAUAGACGCCUCCAGGUUGGUCUACGACGGCGUCAGGGAGAUACGAAGGGCUGUUCUUAUGAACAGGGCUGAUGAAGAUUUGGACCCCGAAGACGUUGAACUGGAUGAGAAUUACACUUUGGAAACUAGGAGUAAAUCGAGUGCACACACUGGAGAACAUGGGGUGGACGAAUACCCCGAGAUCAGCGGUAUCACGACGGCUAGGGAGGCCAUGGGCAAGAUGCCCGAAGUGGACAAGCAGAAGAUUCUGCAGCAGGUCGAAUUCUUCAGGAGCGAGAAGUUGAAAUUCGACAGGGAAGUUGCCAAAUGGGACGACGCAGGCAACGAUAUCAUCGUGUUGGCCAAACAUAUGUGCAUGAUCAUGAUGGAAAUGACGGACUUUACGAGAGGACGUGGACCCCUGAAGACUACGAUGGAUGUUAUAAACGCUGCCAAGAAGAUUUCGGAAGCCGGUACGAAAUUGGAUAAAUUGACAAGACAGAUUGCUGAGCAAUGUCCGGAGAGUUCGACGAAGAAAGAUUUGCUUGCCUAUUUGCAAAGGAUCGAUCUGUAUUGUCAUCAGAUGAACAUUACGUCGAAAGUGAAGGCUGAUGUUCAGAAUAUUUCGGGAGAAUUGAUUGUUUCAGGGUUGGAUAGUGCUACAUCCUUGAUUCAAGCGGCGAAGAAUUUGAUGAACGCUGUUGUUCUCACGGUUAAAGCUUCUUAUGUUGCUUCGACAAAGUAUCCAAGACAAGCUGGGAUGGUUGCUUUACCAAUUGUUGUUUGGAGAAUGAAGGCUCCCGAGAAGAAACCACUGGUGAGACCCGAUAAACCGGAGGAGUUGAGGGCUAAAGUCAGGAAAGGCUCUCAGAAAAAAGUGGAGAACCCAAUUCAUGCGUUAUCUGAAUUCAGUACCACAGAAUCUGUAUAAUAAUGAUAAUAUUCGCAACCAAAAAUAAAUGAAACAAACUCUAUCAUUUUAUAUAAUCUUCAGGACUAUAAGGUUCUAGAUCAACAAGAUAUUUGAAUAAUUUUUUUCUGAAAGAUUUUGUAUCAUGGUUAGGAGUUUAAGAUUUUCAGGCAUCUGCACUAGGCUUGCUGUUAAAUUGUGUUUUGGGUACAUGAAGUUGUUAUUUCUUGUUUCCUAGUAGUUUUUCGGGUUUUCAUAUUUAUGGAGUAGGUAUGGAUUCUUUUUUACUGUCCAAACAAUCAAACUUUGGUCAGAUCAAGAAACAUUCCCGCAGCUAGUUCUCCAUUUUCAAAGGCUUCAACUAUUUUAUUAAUGAACUGGUAAACUUAGACUUCCCCUUUGUGUAUUCAUGUUGAUUAUUUCCGAGUAUUUAAUUUUUUACUAGGAAUUCCAUUAAUUGUGUACAGUUUCAAAGUACCACCGAAUCUGUAUGAUGUAGAAAUUUUAUUUUUUCAAUCGUAAGAUCGCCCCAUAUAUUAAAGAAUUGCAUUUAUUCUGAAUACUUUUAUAUGUCGGUGGAAAUAAGGCUCUCCUUAUGGCAAUAAUGUAAUCGACUUGGAGUAUUAGAAUUACUGGAUGUUUUACACUAAUGUAUUUCAAUUUUUCACCCUUCACGACUUCUUUUAGCUAUAGGAUAAAAGUAUUUCCAUGCUUUCAAUAUUUCGCGAGCAUUUGGUGCCAAGAACUUCAGAUAGGACUCAAGAUGUAAUCGUUUCGAAUUAUGAGUUGAAAUUGAUGUGAUUUAUAAAUAGAAAUGUAUUAAUUUUUUAUACUUUUUUCCAGUUGUAACUGAAAAGUUUCUUUUGACUUCCGCAUUUACGAGUCAUGAAUUUUUCGAUCUUUAUAAAUAAAAUUUAUUAGUCAA